AUGACAGAGGAGGAGAAAUUCCCUGUUUUUAUGGAUGUCUUUAUAGCUGGGAUGUACUAUGAAAGGAUGGUUUUUGAGCUAUUCUAUGACCUUGCCCCUUACACUGCAGAAGAUUUUCGUGCGCUAUGUACAGGAGAAAAAGGUGUCAGUCCAAAUCAGAUGUUUUUGUGUUACGCAAAUUGUUUCUUUCACAAGGGUGAAAAACGUGGCUCCUAUGUGAAGGGAGGUGCCAUAAGCUACGAAACUGGUGAGUUUUCUAAUGACGCAUUGGCUUUUGCAUGGCACACUUAA